AUGGGCGAUGAUGCCGAUAUUGCGCGUUUUCUCAGCAGAAAUGGUAUUGGAAAGGAUGGGGUGCAGAGCGCUCAUGGCGAACCCACGGCGCAAAAUCCCAAAGACCAUAUCAGAACCGUUCACACGGAAGAUGCAGAAUGUUUUUCCGAAGAAUCUGUUAACAAAUGGAUGGCAACAUGUGGCACACGACAUGAGCGUCUGUCAAUAUGCAGUUGCACAAAGUUAAAUUUAAUGGCCAUAGCCUCAACGCCAUCGACAUCGGUAAUUGCCGCUGAACAGCGGCAAUCAUCUGUCCCGGAAACACCGCGCACUAGCGGUAUUGUCAUGGAGGCUCCAAGCAUAGCCGAAAGGGCGCUUCGAUUUUCAAAGGACUUUGCAGCCGGAUGGAUCGGCGGCAUCGCUCAAGUGCUUGUGGGGCAGCCGUUUGACACGGUCAAGGUGUUACUCCAAUCCUCGUCGCGAAGCUCUGCAGCCUCUGGAGGCACGAUGCGUUUUACGCUUGAUACCAUCAAGAAGGAAGGCUUCGCCGGGCUGUACAGGGGAACCACGGUCCCGUUGUUCGGAAUUGGGUUGUGUGUCUCUGUCCAGUUUGCGGCUUUGGAGCAAAUGAAGAGGUUUUUCAGUGCAAAUAGAAUUUUGGGAGCCAAUAGCGACAGCGGAAAAACGGCACAAUUGUCACUUGGCCAAAUGGCGGUCAGCGGCUGCGUGGCCGGGAUUGCAAACACGGUCUUUUCCGGGCCCGUGGAGCACAUCAGGAUCAGGCUGCAGGCGCGUACAGAAAAUUUUACCGGUGCCACCGAUUGCAUCAGGCGUAUCUAUGGCGGGGGUGGGCUGCGGGCCAUAUACCAGGGGCAGAUUAUGACGAUGCUACGCGAUGGCGUCGGUUUUGGCGCCUAUUUCUUCUCAUAUGAGGCACUGGUGGCUCGACACCAGAAUGCGACCAAGGUCGCACGCUCAAAAAUAGAGACGUGGCGCCUUAUGGCAUAUGGAGCGAUCGCUGGCGUGUCCUUCUGGAGCGUUGCGUUUCCCUUUGACGUGAUCAAAACGAAAAUCCAAGUCGAUUCCUAUAAAUUGGGAGAGAAAAGAAAAUUUCCGACCGCACUAGCGUGCGCAAGACAUAUUUUUUCGACGGACGGGGUUUCUGGCUUCUUUAGGGGGUUCGUGCCUUGCUUUUUGCGCUCAGCACCUGUCAAUGCGGCCACAUUUGUGGCGUUCGAAUAUGCAAUGAGGGUUUUGAAUUAA